AUCUGCCCCAUCUGCGUCCCGAUACCAAAGUCAUGGGCCAACCUGCGGGCGUCAAGAGCGAUUUGCUUCCGCCGUACAGCCUCACACCCACAGACGAAGCUCGAUCCUUACCCCCUGCACGGAAAUCAGCGCUUCAACUACCCCGCAGAUCGCGAACAUUCCGCGCUCUAGGCUUAGCCUGCCUUGUGUUCAUCGUCUACGCGCAAUGGAGGCAGAUCACAACUUCGGCCGGCGCCGUCGAGCCAGGCCUCACUACCCAUGGGCUAUCCGUUCAGAGGCUGCAAGAAGACCUCGCAACUUGCGAGAAGCUGCAUAGCACACCGAUCGACCCACCCGGCCACGGUAGAAGACGGAACGCCCGGUACGUGGAUGGCCACAGGCCGACCAUCAUCAGAAACGCGACCGUCUGGGUUGGGGAGCCGGAGGAAGGCACAUCGAACUACUCGUGGGUCUCGGCCGAUGUCUUCAUCGAGUCUGGCCUCAUCAGACGCGUUGCGAGGGACAUAUCUCCGUCAACCCUCCCCAGCGAUGUUCUGGUCAAUGACGCCGCCGGACGACCGCUCACCAGCGGCAUCAUCGACAUGCACAGCCAUGCCGCGUUGCACUCGCUACCAACACUGCACGGCAACGAAGACGUCAGCGAGCUAUCUACAGACAUCACGCCGUACGUCCGGUCGAUCGACGGCAUCCAGCCCACGGAUCACCAGCUCCAAGUAAUCAAGUCCGGCGGCGUCACUACCUCGUUGAUCCUGCCCGGGUCGAGCAACAACAUCGGGGGCGAAGCCUUUGCGAUCAAGCACGCCGUCGGCCCCUCUGACGGACGGAACGAGACGAGCGUCGUCGACAUGCUGGCCGAUCCGGACCGUAUCUGGCGGCACAUGAAGAUGGCCUGCGGCGAGAACUCCAAGCAGGUCCACGGCAAGGCCGGGGAACGUGGCCCGUACAGCCGUCUCGGGGAGAGCUGGGAGUUCCGCCAGGCUUUCGAACAUGCCGCCGGGAUCGUCCGUGAGCAGGACGACUGGUGUCGUGCGGCAGCCAGCGGCCUGGAUAGAGUUAAGGCCUACUUACCCAACGAGCUGAAAUGGGAGGCGCUGGUGGCUGUGCUCCGGGGUCAAGUCCACGUACACGUUCACUGCUAUACCAUCACGGACCUUGAGGCGUUCGUGGACCAUACCAACGAGUUCAAGUUCCCUGUUCGAGCCUUUCACCACGCCCACCAGACGCAUCUGGUGCCAGAGAUUCUCAAGCGAGCAUGGGGCGAUGAUCCGCCCGCCUCGGCCCUCUUCGCCGACAACAUGUGGUACAAGGCCGAAGCCGCGCUCGGCUCGGAGUACGCCGGCAAGCACCUCUACGACGCCGGCCUGACCCCGAUCUACGUCAGCGAUAACCCGGUCCUCAACGCCCAGCACGUGGUUUUCGAGGCCGCAAAGGCCUACAAGUACGGGCUGCCGUACCAGGCGGCGCUUGCGUCGGUGACGACGGCCCCGGCAGAGAGGCUGGGACUUGCUCACCGCUUGGGCAAAGUGAAGCCGGGGUUCGAUGCGGACCUCGUGGUCUGGGACAGUGACCCGUUGAGUGUAGGCGCCACGCCGGUCCAGGUUUGGAUCGACGGCACUUCUCAGUAUGAGAACCCGGUCGAGCUCAACAAGACGUAUGAGGGUCCCAUCGUGCCCGAUGAAAGUCUUGCGAACGUCCGUGAAGAAGCCGUUGUCUUGAGUGACGAUGUUAUUUUCAUGGGUGUCUCAAAAGUUCUUCAUCCCAUAGAAACGGACGGAUUCGCCAGUGAUGGUAAAACCUACAACGUGGCCAUCUCCAACGGCACGAUCGUCUGCGUUGGAAGCUGCAAUGCCCAGUUGGAGAAAGCACACGCCACCGGAGGCGCAGUGAUCCAUCUCAAGAACGGCUACCUCACAUCGCCCUUCACAGCGUUCGGCUCUACCAUCGGCCUCAACGCCAUCGACACGGAGCGAGAUACCGACAACGGCGCAGACGGGGGCAGAUUCAGCCGCGGAAUCGACGGGCUUGCCCUUGACACCGAGAAGCUCCGCGUAGCUCACCGCUACGGCGUGACUCGUGCCGUAUCGGCACCCAAAUUCUCCGCCCUCGGGACCCAUCACGGCACGAGCGCGGCGUUUCUCACCGGGGCUCAGACGACGCUUGAUCCGGGUUCUGUGCUGGUUCGAGAUGCGGCCGUACACUACACACUCGACCUCUCUGCUAAGCGUGGCGUCGACGGCAUCUCGUCCAUGUCCGCUGCUGUUGGAGACCUCCGCUACAAGCUCCUCAAGGCAGUCUCGUCUUCAGCCGCCAAUGAAAAGUUUACCGUGGAGCAUAAUUGCUCCGAAGCUGCGUUUCUCCAAAAGGUCGUCAGGGGUGAGAUGGCUCUGGUAGUGACCGUACACAGCGCAGAUACGAUCGCCGCCUUGCUGGAUAUCAAGUCAACAAUAGAAGAGGCAAUCCAAACGACCACCGAUGUCAGUGUCAGCCUUCGGUUGGUGAUCAACGGUGGCGCCGAGGCUCACUUGGUUGCCAAUGCGUUGGCCGCUGCUGAUGUGGGUGUCGUGUUGUCGCCUAUGCAGUCGUUUGCCGUCUCCUGGGACCAGCGAAGGGCUCUUACCGGCGCACCUUUGACCCACGGCACGAGCAUCAACGUGCUUACAGAUGCUGGAGUCGUCACGGCUAUCGGCUUGGAAGAAGACUGGAUCGUCCGAGACCUGGGUUUGCUCGCAGGAGUUGCGUAUACGAACAGCGAAGCACGUCUUACUGAGCGAGACGCGCUGGAUCUCGUAGGCAGGAACAUCCACAGAAUGUUGGGCUUGGAACACAGUUUUGGGCAAAAUCACUUCGUGAUACACGAGGGAAGCCCUCUGGGGAUUGAGUCGAGAGUGAGAGCUGUUGGCGACGGGAAACUUGUGCUGUCGGUUGCCUAACCGAAAGUCUCUAUUGUUCAGUUUGCUGGAAUUUAUCUGGUAGAAACUAAAACUAGCCUUGCGUUUACUGAAAACUAAGAUCAUACCCCUAAGAUUUAUCGAUAUAACCAAAGCCAGCACCUUCAAUCUUAGGAUCUAUGUUGUGCUCUAAAUAGAUACACUGCGGGCUUGUAUAAGAAGCCAGCCAAACUCAGCAAGAAUAACAAGCAACAUUAUGCAGUAGCCAGACGAAACACACAGAGUUACAGUCAAGGAGAGUCCACCGACAAUUGAUACGAAUACAGAAAGAGUAGUGGCUAAGCCUGCCACCACAACCACUAGGGUCACAGAAAGGACCUUCCGUCUCCAAGACUUAGAUAAUCGGUUGACAUAUAGUCGUAAGUAUAUAUGCUGCUGGAUGAAGCAUAUUGAGAAAGCGACAACUCUUAUGCUGUUUACAAGGUGGAUUUCAGGUCUAACUGUACUUUUCAGUAAGAUUCCUGGAAGAAGAGAUGCAAGAACCAAGCUUAGUGGGCCGGUCAUAAUUAACAGAACCGACAUUGUCCAGACUUUGGUAUAAGCCGUGGCACUUUCUCGGACACGAGACGCGAUUUCUUUUUCGAAGUCUAGGGGUCUUUCGCUGUGUUGGCCGACUUGGCAAGGCAUUCUUUCGGUGUCCGGCAUCAAAGGCUCUGUUUGGUUUGUACUUGAGGAGACAUCGGGUGUUGGAGUAUUUGAGUUCAGAGACAUGGGCCGAAAACCCAUGUCAUCCAUAUGACCAACGUCUUCCAGUUGUAUUUCUGCCUCACAAGGCGUUGCGCUAGGACCACCGAUACUGGCUGAUGUUUAAGAGAGGGCUGGCUUGCGUAGUAAUCAUUUGUUGAUUGCAGUCUGCAUAACCAAAUGCAAUGACUUGAAAAGCAAAUCAAAUAUAGGGAGUAAGGACGACAACAAGAGGGCAAGAGACAUAACCUGCCCAAACGUCCAGUCGUUUUCUUCAACCCUAUCAGACCUACUGAGGUUCUUCAGCUCGUUUAUGCUUAGGGUUCCCCAAAUGGCAGAUACGACAACGGAGAAGACCUGUAGAAGUCCUACAUUAGCAUUGUGAACCUCUCUAAGGACUGAAUACAGCUGUACCUCGGCGAACAUGGAUGUGUAAAGAUGCAGAAAUACCCUCACAGUGCAGUAUAUUGAUGCUUGGAAAGGGAGGAACACCAUUCCGAAGGCCACCAACACUCC